UCACCUAGAGCUGGUGCUUCAUCUAUUUGAGUCCCAAUCAGUUGAGCACGUUUGCUUUUGUGAAUGCUAUUAAGUUCACUUUUCUGCCCGCGAUUCUAUUCGAACAAAUUCUUGCAUUCACUCAUUGCUCUAAUUAAUUUCACAGCUGUGUUGAAAAUAUGUCAAAUGAACUGGAAAAACAUGAGAAUAGAUACCUGUGAGCAACAUUGCUUCGUACCAACUUCAGCGACCAAUUGUAACCCCAUUCUCGAGUCAACGUUUUCUUCAAUCCUUCGGUUUAGGCAGUUUUACUAACCCGCUAAAGGCAGAAACAAGCGAGCAACUCCAAGGAGCCAAAAAGGACAGACCGUUCUUUCUCUGGCCAACCUCUGGCAGAAUGCACGAGAAGGAACAAAUCUGCUGUCCCGGGCUUUCAGAAUCGGCUCAUUCGGUCUUGAGUUCGUGAGGCGCGGUUGCUUGGGAGCUCUUCUUUUCUGGCUGACUACGUAAGUCCCAGCAGCCAAAGACAUUGGGUCGAACACAGGGACUCAAGGAACGGACCGGGACCACCCAAGGCGUAAGAUAUGGGAGAUCCAAAGUGGGAAAUGUUGAGCAGUCGUACCAAAAGAUUCAUUGGGCAAUGAGUGCAGAUAUUCAAUGGAGUUACCGUGUAAGGAAGAAAAAAAUCACUUGCAAUAUCUGUGUUUUACAUGAAUCGUUUAAAAAGUGCAAAGUUUUUCAGGUCCUUACAAGAGCAUAGUACCCAACAGCUUGAAUUUGUCAGUGAGGAGAGUGAAUGUAGCAGCCCCAAAGACGUUGAAAAUGUCAGAAACUUGCAUCUUCUAUGCCAGUGUUUCGCCUCCUUUGUCUUACGUCUGAAUGGAGACGACCAAGUUUCCACGGUUCUCUUGGUGUAGGAUGUGAAUCCGAAAGUUGGGGAAAUCGGAAAACUUUCGCCCUUUCUUGCUAUAAUUUUAUGGAAGGCCAUCCGUGGCUCAAUAUCCAGUCUCUUUUGUUUGUCCUUCUCUUCUGCUUUAUAGAAGGGCCAGGAAAUGCCCUUUCUCUCACGAAGAAUGGCAAUGACUCGCGGGCGACCUCCAGACGAAACAUGACUGUCGUUCACUACCAAGAAGAUCUCAACUUUGAUCAUCUCUCCCCAAAACCAAUCCAACAAGAAUCUCGUCUCUUAACCUAUCUAAUGCAGAACUACGAUCGCGAGGUUCGACCCGUCUUCAACUUCUCUGACACGGUUCAGGUCAAGGUUGGGAUCACCCUCACGCAAAUAUUUGACAUGGAUGAAAAGAAUCAAGUCAUGACGACAAAUGUUUGGUUUGACCAAGAGUGGAACGAUGCUCUUCUUCGUUGGAAUCCGAAAGAUUUUGGUGGAGUUGAAAUGAUUCGUAUCCCUUGCGACAAAAUCUGGCUUCCGGACAUCGUUCUUUACAAUAAUAAUGGAGACGUGUUCUGGCCUCCUCCGACAAAGUUUCGCUCAACCUGCCCUGUCAACGUGGCUUUCUUUCCCUUUGAUGAUCAGACAUGUAUGCUAAAACUUGGAAGCUGGUUGCACGAUGGCUAUUCGGUUGAUGUCACCAACCGAACGGCUGAGGUAGAUUUGUCAAAUUACGUUCCAAAUGGGGAGUGGCAAAUUUUGGAACGACCACAAAUUGUAAGGACCGAGCGUUAUUACAAUUGCUGCGUGGAACCAUUUCCAGAGAUCACUAUUUCAUUGCGAAUCAGAAGAAAGACUUUGUAUUACAUGUACAAUAUCGUAUUUCCAUGCAUGAUGAUGAGUACAUUGACAGUAUUGGUGUUUUGCUUACCGCCUGAUUCGGGUGAAAAGAUAGCCUUAGGAGUGACUGUGCUAUUGGCAUUUUCCGUGUUUAUGUUGGCAAUUGCGGAGAAAAUGCCAGAAACCUCUGAGUCCAUUCCUCUUAUUGGCAUAUAUCUUACUUCGGUAAUGGCGAUUACAUGCGUGUCAGUUAUCAUGACUGUAACAGUGCUCAACUUCUUCUAUCGUGGUCCAACUCUAACCCAUGUCCCCGUUUGGGCCCAGAAACAUAUAUUGGGUAAAAAAGUGACUAACCGUGGAAAGUUUAGCCGGAAUCGCGAAGAAUGUGGUGCAUCUCGUCGUCGACGACAGUCACAAGCUCAAGGAAUGAUGAUGCCACAGGAUGAUUUGGCAUCAAAUUAUGCUGAAAGAGUGUCACUUUCUUUACUUCGUCAUCUGAGUUCACGUCAGGACGGAAAUCGAAGAUCACCUCAUGGAACAAAUCAAGGGCGCCGAUCGCCUCGAGUGUCCAUGGCAAAUGGGAAUCUGGGACAUGGGGCUCCAUUUGGUCCAAAUAACUGGCCAAACACUCAUUUUCCAGACAUUGAUGAUGGUGAAGGCGAGUUUUUGGCAUCAUUUGGCAAUGGUAGCGUAAGUAGAAGAACUUCCAAGGAAUCUCAACAACGUGGCCAAGUAGACAUUCGAGUAAUUCCUCCAUCAAAUUCGGAAAGCACAGUUCCUUCACCUCAAAUUGACAGAUAUUCGAAUGGAACACAAUAUUUCGAACCUCAUCUAAGCCACACAAAUCCUUCUCCCAAUUCGCUUGGAGGUCGUUGCAGUGGCAAUCCUGGAAGACGCCUUUCGUCCAAUCCCAUAAUUAAUGCAUUGGAUUCUGAUAUGGACAUUAACAAAAUAAUUGCUAUGAUGGCUGAUAAACAACGAGAAGACGACCAGAUCAACGAAAUCCUGAAGGAUUGGAAAAUGCUUGCCCAAAAAAUCGACUACUUCCUCUUCUGGGUGUUUCUCAUUAUCACAUUUUUAACGAGCUUUCUCUUUAUUUUUGUUCUUCCUUACCACAACAGGGGAAAACUUCUGUAACUUCUGACAAAAAUGAAAGGGAGUUAUUACCCAAUUGGCCACAUUCGCUCAGUAAUCGUCAUUAGCUUCCCUUAUUAAGUGAAGAUAGGUGAGAUUCAAGGCACAAUGUUUCUUUUUACCCAACCUCAUCCAGUCUGUAAUACAUUUGACGAAGCCUUGCAAUUUUACUUUACGUUUGAGGAAUCUCGCGAUGAAGAAAAUGGUCCACUUCCUCGCAUUGGGUAAAAGUAGCCAUUAAGGCAAUAAAGUAGAUAACAAUUCUCAUUAGUAACACCAAGAACAUAAAAAAUGUGUGGACCUCAGGAUAUGGAUAGUUUCUACCAGAACUUUCAUAACCAUCAAAAACAACAAUAUCAAUAACAGCCAACACCCCCACCAACUCUGUCAUCUUCUUCAUCAUCAUAAAAAAAACAACGACGACGACAAAUAUGACGCUGACGUUACUAGCAUUAAAUAAUGAAUCCAUUUUCAAAUUUUGAUUGAUUGUAUAUGUAUUCAAAACUGUGACAGCAUUUUCAAAUAAAUGAUCUAUUUAUAA